CAGCACGAGCUGGUUUCUUGCCGUCCGCCAUUUUAGAUUUAGGAGUCUUAAAACUAAGUAUUCUAUAAUUGGAGCAAGUCCUUCGGUUUUAGUGAAUCAAAAGGCGAAGAUUAGUAGAAUAAUACCGACAUUAAGAGUCUAUUCAUAGUUAAUUAUUAAUAUUAUUGCUAUGGAAACGCCCAUAAAGAAAACCGAGAGAUAAAAAGUGUUUACCGCCGACAUUUUGAAGGCGACACGAAAGAAUCAUGUCUGAAAUGGUUAGAGGAUUCAAUUUUUCUUAUUAUCCCAAAGACGAAGAAGUUCAAGAAGCUCUUGAUACUCUCAAACCUAUUGGAAUACUUUCAAAGGCUUAUAAUCAACAUCAGCUGAAAAAACAGAAACGAGAGGAAAGCAUACGAAAUAAUCACAUUGUAACUCAAGGAGAGGAAGCUGUGUCUAGUUCAUGGAAAAUCACGAGGCYCGAACCACUCGACUUGAAUCAAGAUACGAGUUACUUCAAGGCAAAGACGAAGCACGAAAAACCCUCGACAUACGACCGAAUAAACAGUGUAGUGGUGGGUUACAAUCAGAAAUUACACAGGGAUGACCGUGAGCAUGCUAAAUCGAGAGGACUGAACGUGAAUCGAGAGGAAACAGCUUUAAAAGUUCCGGCCCUCUCAUCAUCUGUUUAUGGCCAUCCUUCCCGCCGUCCUUUAGAAUUCCAAGACCGAAAGCACGUACGAGUUGAACUAUGCAAGAAAGACUUCUUAAGACUCAAUGGCACCCUGAUAUCGAACGAUCCUGAUCUUCAUUAACCUAGCCUAUAUUUAUCAUAAGUAGACAGGUAAGACUAGGUAGCUAUUCUUACGAAAACCAUGAGGCAGCGGACUCAAUGACUAGCUGGUCAAAAUGACUUAGGGUGGGAGGGGUGGAGAAUGUGUUGCGUCAAAACGAUUGAAAAGCGAGGGUUACUGAAUAGUGGCGCUUUGCAGUGCCUUUGAUGACAUUAUAUCGACUUUCAAAAGUUCUUUAAGCAGGCACCUAUAGCAUUUAAGUUAGUCGUACAUAGGAAAACAGUGGCACUCCAGGGAUUUAUAGAAGUGUUCAUUACAUGAUUUCUCAAACUUUCGAUAAACAUUUCUACCCUCCCAUCCCCCCACCCGUUCGAAUUUCUGCCAUCAGUGCCAAAGAUAUAGUCAUUAGAAUGUUGUUGCGCAUAGAAGGCAUUGGCGAAUUUUUAAGGUUUUAUCAAGAUUUUAGACAUAGGUUACCCCUGACACUAGCUAUUCUUCUGUUAUUUUCCCUUUUCAACUUUCUCCCUUUCUUCUCUUUCCUUUAUUCGCCAUUUUCACUUCCCCGUAAUACCCUUCGCUAUCUAAUACACGACUUCACCCUUACUUCAAUAGACGCUUAAAAGAACUCGAAUUGGUGAGAUGAAUGACUUUGACACAAAAUAUCGUACUGUGUAGACUUUGUUUACUAAUUAGGCCUUACUGACCUCGCUUCCAUUCAAUUGUCCCCGAGUUUGGCGGCCAUUUUUGAUAGUCGUGUAUGACGUCUAAUUUAAAGUUUUCACUUCACAUUGUGGGAAUUUGAAAAUGGCGAAUCUCUUUCUGUUUUCCUUCUUGUCCCCCUUCUCCUCUGUUCCUUCUUUUCCUAUUUCCCAUUUCUCAUACAAAAUCACAACGCAGCUAUUCACAUUAAUUCCACUGGAUUUUAACUGGUUCAGUCAGGAGGUCCAAUGCCACAAAUUCAAAUAUCUGGAAUUUACGUAGUUUUAUACCUUGCUAAAAUUAGAAUUAAAGCUUUGCAAGUUAAUGA